AAUUACUUCCCUGCCUAGACUCUCCACUGAGGGGUUUGGCACCAGCACCCCGCCCAGAGCAGCGCCGCUGCCCAAAUCCUCGCUGCAAUUGCAACUCCUGGCUGGAGCCCGGGACCGGCACGUCUGGGUGUCCUGGGUCCAUCUGCCCGGCCAUCUGCUGGUGGCACCACUCCCUCCUGCUGCCUCCCCUGCUGAACUCCACCUUGCAGAAGUGCAGCUCGUCCCCAGCAGCCUAGGAGCUCAGCAUGCGUCCCCCAGGCUUCAGCAACUUCUUGCUGCUGGCGUCCUCCCUUCUCUUUGCUGGGCUGUCAGCUGUUCCUCAAAGCUUCUCGCCAUCUCUGAGGAGCUGGCCGGACGCCGGCUGCAGGCUGUCCCGGGCCGAGUCCGAGCGCCGCUGCCGCGCACCUGGGCAGCCGCCGGGGGCCGCGCUGUGCCACGGCCGGGGCCGCUGCGACUGCGGCGUCUGCAUCUGCCACGUGACCGAGCCGGGCAUGUUCUUCGGGCCCCUGUGUGAGUGCCACGAGUGGGUGUGCGAGACCUACGACGGGAGCACGUGUGCAGGCCAUGGUAAGUGUAACUGUGGCAAGUGCAAGUGUGACGAGGGAUGGUAUGGGGACGCUUGCCAGUACCCAACUAACUGUGACCUGACAAAGAAGAAAAGUAACCAAAUGUGCAAGAAUUCACAAGACAUCAUCUGCUCUAAUGCAGGUACAUGUCACUGUGGCAGGUGUAAGUGUGAUAAUUCAGAUGGAAGUGGACUUGUGUAUGGUAAAUUUUGCGAGUGUGAUGAUAGAGAAUGCAUAGAUGAUGAAACGGAAGAAAUAUGUGGAGGCCAUGGGAAGUGUUACUGUGGAAACUGCUACUGCAAGGCUGGUUGGCAUGGAGAUAAAUGUGAAUUCCAGUGCGAUAUCACCCCCUGGGAAAGCAAGCGAAGAUGCACGUCUCCAGAUGGCAAAAUCUGCAGUAACAGAGGGACUUGUGUGUGUGGUGAAUGUUCCUGCCACGAUGUUGAUCCGACUGGGGACUGGGGAGAUAUUCACGGGGACACCUGUGAGUGUGACGAAAGGGACUGCAGAGCUGUCUACGACCGAUAUUCUGAUGACUUCUGUUCAGGUCAUGGGCAGUGUAAUUGCGGAAGAUGUGACUGCAAAGCAGGCUGGCAUGGGAAGAAGUGUGAGCACCCACAGUCCUGCAUACUGUCAGCCGAGGAGAGCAUCAGGAGGUGCCAGGGAAGCUCUGAUCUGCCUUGCUCUGGGAGGGGUAAAUGCGAAUGUGGCAAAUGUACCUGCUACCCUCCAGGAGAUCAUCGUGUGUAUGGCAAGACUUGUGAGUGUGAUGAUCGCCGCUGUGAAGACCUCGAUGGUGUGGUCUGUGGAGGCCACGGCACAUGUUCCUGUGGUCGCUGCGUUUGUGAGAGAGGAUGGUUUGGGAAGCUCUGCCAACAUCCGCGGAAGUGUAACAUGACGGAAGAACAAAGCAAGAAUCUGUGUGAAUCAGCAGAUGGCAUAUUGUGCUCAGCGAAGGGUUCUUGUCAUUGCGGAAAGUGCAUUUGUUCUGCUGAAGAAUGGUAUAUUUCUGGGGAAUUCUGUGACUGUGAUGACAGAGACUGCGACAAACAUGAUGGUCUCAUUUGUACAGGGAAUGGAAUAUGUAGCUGUGGAAACUGUGAAUGCUGGGAUGGAUGGAAUGGAAAUGCAUGUGAAAUCUGGCUUGGCUCAGAAUAUCCUUAACAAUUACAUGAGAGAGGUCUGGAUUCUUAUUUUACUAGGCCAUUAGAACAUAUAAAUGCAAAGGAAACCAUGUAUAAUCACCACUAGGACAGGUUAAAAAGACCAUUGUAUGUUUUUCUAUUUCUGAAUUACGAAUGAAAUCUGAGUACCUAUUAGAAAUGAGUUUUGCAAACUCAGAUGCAAAUAACACUAGAAAAAAAAUGUUUCUUCCACAAUUAACAUAAGUGGUUCCUAACGAGAGCAAUUUUUCCACCCGAAAGACAUUUGGCAACAUCCACAGACAAUUUUGAUUGUCACAUGGGGUGGGGUGUGAAGACAUGCUGUGGGCAUUUGGUGGGUGGAAGCCAGGGAUGCUGCUCAGCAUCCUCUGGUGCACAGGACAACCCCCAAGCAAGGAAUGACCUGGCCCCAAAUGUCAAUAGCGCCCGCAUUGAGAUACACUGAAUUGCAUGGCUAUUAGAAAUCCACAUUCUUACGCUAGUAUUAGAAUCUAAGGAAAACAAGCAUAUUCACAUUAAUCAAUGGAUCCAAUUUUUCCAGAAUUCCCUAUCAGGCAACAUUUUCACAUGGGAACAAUGAAGAGAAACACAGGAGGUAGAAAGUCAAACUGGGGCUGGAUCAAGAGCAAAGACUAGUCAUUAAGUUAUUUGUCAUUAAAUCAUUUAAACACUAAAUGAGUAAGUACUUUGUCUACUCUCACUUUAAACUUUAAAAGAAGAUUCUCAAAUUAUGAAAAAUGUACAAUGUAACAUUUUAAAUAAAUAGUGACAGAAGUUGUUUAUA